CUGUUUUCCAAGCGAGGUCAUGACUUCGCCCGCCGAGCGGCCUGUGGAUGCGUUCCUCUUGGCCCUCUGCGGUAGCAACUCAGCCAGGACCGUGGGUGGUGUGCAAACCUCGUCGUUCGAAACUUCGCUUGUUCGCACGAUUGUCCACCCUACGCACUUGCACACGUUGUUCACGGACAUCCUUGAGGUCAUCGACGAAGGACAACAGACCGAACUGCUCAACUCGUUGGUGUUCAUGGUGAAGCACGAAGCGUCGAAUGCGCAUGCGUGCAUCGAAGCGGGGUUCCACCGUUCGAUUGUGUCGUUUCUCGAGUCAAGGGGUCUCUGGCGAGGGUUUUCUCGGCAACUUUUGACUCGAUUGCUGUCUCUGUUGCUCCACAUAUCUCAGUACUCGGUCACCUCCGAUGACAUUCGAGCUAUGUUGCACGUGUUUCAGAGCAAACGGAUGAAGGAUGAGGCACCGGACGAAGUCGCCGUCACAGCGUACAUUUCAACGCUGGAAAUGAUGGCGCGGAGUGUCACCGGGCCGUCGACGUAUCUGGAGCUGUCCGGAGACCACUCUGGUUUCUCGAUUGCAUCGAUAGACGCGAUGUCGUUUCCUUCCGCGGGGUACACGCUAUCGGCAUGGCUCCGGGUCGAGUCGGCGCCUGGCCUUAACGCACCGCUCUUCUCGCUCUGCGCCGAGAGCGGCGUCGGAGUUGAAGUCAGCUUCAUGGAGACGACCUUGGUGAUCAAGGGCCUCGAUCCAAAGAAAAACGAAUACAACGAAGUGCAGGUCCCAAAUGCGCUUGUCAAGCAUCAAUGGCAAUGGAUUGUCGCAGUGCACACGCACCGCCAAAUUCGAGGGUCCAAGCUCGAAGUAUACAUCAACGGCGACUCGAAGCAAUCAUAUCGAUUCAACUACCCGAAGGAAUCGGGCGCGGCGUCCAAGAUGCAGUGCUUCGUCGCGCGGGCCAAGAAUGCACACAGCCGCUGCCUUGUCGCCCAGAUGGGCCCCGUCGCGUUGUUUUCGCAGCCAUUGCCCGCUAGUCUUAUCGAGGGCAUCAAGUCGUUCAGCGACUACGACAACGUGGUACUCCAGUUCAACGCGUCGGUGGCGUCGUCGCACAUGACGACGUCGAUGGCCCUCCCCAGCACACUGACAACGCUACCCUCAACGUCAACGGCCACAGGCCCCGAUGGCCUCGUCUUUGCGUUGGACGCGCGGAAUUUCGACGCCAAGCGCAGGAUGCUGCUGGACUCGAGCGGUCACAACCACCACGGUGAAAACAACCAGUCCACCGGUGUCACGCCAUCCAUUCGCGUGCGGGCCACCACGUCGUUCAAAGACUCGAUUUGGCAAAUGGGCGGACCGAUUGUUCUGUUUCCGCUGCUGCUGCACCCGAACACCCAGUCUCAUUUUUUGAACGCGACAUCGUGCCACACGAUCGCCCGGCCCCUUGGCAUCACGAGCAUUCCAAAAGUGAUCAGCCUUGUCGCUGAAACCCUGCGCCAUUCGUUGAUCAAUAAGUAUACGUGCCGCCGGUCGCAAGGGAUUCCCAUGCUGGCAUUACUCAUUGGGUCGUUGCCUCCGUCGUACCUCACAGCGGACUUGGUCGGUGCCAUCGAGCGGCUGUGCAGUGCUGUGUCGUCGGAUCGGUUUAUCACGGACGAAAUCCAUCGCAACUUGCUGUACAACUUUCGUCUGUGGGUCCCGGCGUCCCAAGACAUUCAGGACCUGAUCUUUGACAAACUCCACGUCGCCCUCAAGAAGAAGCUCGUGCUGUCGUCGGUCGUGUCGAUUCGAUACAUGCUGCGCCUCCUGUCGACAAACUACCAACAGUCCAAUAUGCUCCACGAUGCCCCCCCCAUCGGCGGCAUGCGACUGCGUAUUCUAGAGACGAUUCGCAUUCUGUUGUACGACCCGGACGCUUGGGCCAAGGCGCAAGCCACCCAACGCAAGUAUCAGCUCAACACGAUCAUCAUGGGCGCGGCGUCCGUCCACUCGAUGGGGGUAUCGUUUGACGCGGCGCGGACGUUGAUUUAUAGCAUGCUGGGCAAGGCUACGUUCCCGCAAGGAAUCGUCGACGACACGAUCAAAGCCGCCGUGGUCAGUGAAGCCGAGGUGGAUGCUGGCGCGAUCCCUGAACACGUUGCGGAAUCUGACAUCCCCGACCUGCUCCAGAUUCUGGUCGACUUUUCCAUCACGCCCGAGACACAAACAGAGUUUCUGAGCAUCUUUGAACGCCUCGGCGGCCUCCGCAUUUGGCUCCCGUUGGUUGCAACAGUGAAUGCACCCGUCCGUCGCAUGACGCUACGGCUGCUGCGAACUUACAUAAUCAUUAAAUGCAACACGCUUCCCAACGCCAACCCCAAGCCGUCGCUGUCCGCCGUGGAUGUCCGCAUGAUCUGCGAUUCGCUCCACGUGGCAGAGUACCCGCUACAAAUGGGGAGCUUCAACGAGCUCAUGUCGCUUCUCCUGGGGAUCGACUACGGUGAUCCAUCCGCAGACCCGUCUGCGAACAGAGCAGAGGCCCACGACGACGCUGACAUGCUAUCCGACGACGUGUUGCUCGCGAGCAGCAUUCGCCAUCCAAACAUGGUCGUCCCGAUGCUAGAGCUAAUCCAGCAAUGCCCGCUGCAUUUUCGAUGGAUCGCGCUCGAGUACUUUAAGCUGCUCUUCUCCGAAUACAACGCAGAAGGGCUGGCGAAUCGUCGCGUGCUGCUCAACUGUUACGCCAGUCAAGGCUACGCCCCUUUCCCCGUCGAAAUCCUCUUUGCGAGCUUCCUCACCGAGGCAGUACCGACGACAAAGGAGCACUUUGCGCACGCUUUUCCUACCGUCUCGACUACGGGGCUGCAUGACGAGCCCAUUCUACGGCUUCGGGAUCUCACGUCGAAAGUAGACCAGUCCGACGAAGCCCGUCUCGGCGCGGCACAGGCGCUGAUCAUGUUGGGCGAUCACCAGUCUUUGUUCGAUCUAUUGCAUCAUGACGGCGCUCGAUCGGAGCAGCGUCGACGCUUUAAGCAUGCCAAAGAUGCGACCGCCCUGUCGGACCGAUUGAAAACUGGAUUGAUAGUCCUCUUGAGCUCGCACGCCCGGUCCAUGUCGAAGCAGUACGUGUCAACGUCGUGCAUGGACCUGAUGGCGAGAAUAAUUGUCCACGAGUUGAAAGCGAAUGAGAGUGCGUACGAGUUUGUCUUGCACCCGUUCAAACUCAUGCCAACUGCGCCGAACGUUGUCAUGGCGUGGUUGAAGGUCCUCGUGGACCGCGUGGCCGCCAUGAUCGAGGCGCAAAUGCCGCCAAAGGGGUCGCUGUGCUGGCGCAACUUCGACAACAUUUGCUCGAUUGCAACGUCAGUCGUGUUACAUUUCGACCCGUGGGCCCAACAGCCGUGUCGACGCAACUCGGUCGACGUUGCGACGACGUCGUGGAAGACCAACGACGAGUAUGUCAAGGAGCGUGAACUCAGCGACGCCAUCUUGAACGUGUGGCACAAGUGCGCAUCUCACUUGAACUACGACAGUGACGCAUCGUUCGGUCGGACUGCGCAGGCGCGGCCAAGCUUGUCUAACCAAGUGCCAGUCGUCACGCGGUCCACGAGCACUGGUGCCAAGCGGAAUUCCAUAAAGGACCAGGCGCCGACGUCGGCAACGGGGCAAUCGACGUCGCUGCGCCAAUUUCCUGGCGGUUCCAUGCGCCAAGUCUUGGCGUUGAUUCUUCGGUCGAUGCACAUGACGAUCAAAGACCAAGACAUGUUUCUACGAGGCGACGGCGAAUACGACGAGGACGAAGAUGGCGAACAGACCGCGCCGCGCCGUCGAAGUCGCGUCAAUUCGUCAGUUGCGCUGGACGCCGUGUUUGUGUCCAAGCUAACAAAACUCGGCUACUUUGUCGACAUGAUGCGGCUGAGCGAGUAUGUCGCCCCAAAGGAAGACGCGUCGUUGGUGUUGUGGUUGAUCUUGGAGCUGCGCAACGUCAUGGAGGAAGCCCUUCGACUGAGCUUGACGGAUCCACGGUGGGCAGAAGGCGUUCGCCGCAGCCUCGAGCUGAUGUCUCGGAUGCUGCAAACACCCGUUGACACGGUUGAUCAACUUCGUGCGCUGCUCCAACGCGACGACUUUCUCUUUACUGAAUCCGAAGUCACACGUCGUGACUUGUUUUACCAAGAAUACCUCGAGACGUCCCAGGAAGUUCGUCAAAAGAAGAAAUCCCUGGUCCUCGCAGUCGUCGACUACGAGCGGGAGUGUGCCAAACAAGCGGUCGAUGUGGUCUUGGCUUCGGGCAUCCAAGUGCGGCCAUCCAGCGACCCGGUCUGGCUCCAGCGCAUCCAUGCAAAGGAUGCCGACGACUGGAUUAAGCUCGAGCGCGUGCUGCGGUGGAACAUUCGACACGUGUGGGCCAUCGAUGAGUCGCUGAGCCUUGCUACGAGUUGGCAGCUCGACUCGUUCACGUCGUCCAAGUGGAUGCGGUGUCGGCUCUUGCCCGACGUAGACAACGAGCAGCCGUACAAGAAACUCCCCCGACCUCACACGUCCAUCCAUACAUUGUAUGGCUACGACGCGUUGGUCAAAGAUGCCCUGGCGACCGCGGCGGCAGGCUUGUCGGUCAGCGCAGACGACGAGAUAGACGAAGAUAGCCAAGACGUCGAGGGCGACGAGGACAUUCUAGUUGUGAUGGGACGACUCGCCGAUGAAGUCGACGACGGAGAGACCGCGACUGUCCCGGACGUUCUGGUGGACGUGUCUUUGAGUAGGUCGUCCACAAGUUCCCGCGAUGAAUCGAUCUUGGGCAGUGUCCCCGCGCCUCCGUUGACGGAGGAAGCCGCAGCGACCAGUGCGGCGGCGACCCCACCGCCGGCUGUUGGCGAACCCGUCAAGCGAACUUCCAUGUCGUCGCGAUUUGUCACCGGGCUGCGCUUGCCUAUGUUUUCGUCAAAGAAGGCAGACAAACCCGUGGAAAAGACAACGGAAGCGAAACCAACGGAUGACGCGGACCAAGAAAUUGUAAUCACUGAAGCCACAGCGACCAUCCCCGCUCCAUCCACCAACGACGAAAAGGCUGAGCCAAACAAGAAGCUCAUUGCAAAGGGAAGCUUUCGAACAAUGGCUUACAUCAUCCUUCCUGAAGGUCGCAUCGUCCGUGGCAUGUUUCGCUUGGGCUCGACGAGCAUCGUGUUUGAAGGGGAAUCCAUCGUCGACGAACAAGUCGACAAGUCGCGGGAAUCGACCAGCAUUGUCCUCCUCAAGCGACGCACCUUCAACUUGCGUGUGAUCAAGUCGAUCUAUCGCCGCCGCUUCAACCUGGACAUUCUCUGCGGCAUGGAAAUCUACUUUGUCGACGGCACGUCUCUCUUGAUAGGGUUCGAGAGCAGCGACGACGUCGACACAGCGUUUGCCAUCAUACGCCAGCGCAAGCCGCCGUGUUUGGUCUCCACGAAGCGGCUCCUGACUGGCGAUCGCCUCGUGCACAGCUCCAACUGGCACGCCACGGCCAAGUGGGUGCGUCGAGAAAUCUCGACGUUUGAGUACCUCAUGCUGCUCAAUAUUGCUGCCGGUCGUUCGUACAAUGACAUCACUCAGUAUCCAAUUUUCCCGUGGGUCGUGCGCGAUUACGUGUCGUCCGAGUUGGACUUGGAGGACACAGCGAUCUUCCGCGACUUUUCCAAACCGGUCGGCGCGCAAUCUCCCGAAGGUGUUUUAGCGUCGAUGCAACGCUAUCAGUCGACUACCAAGUUCCCGUACCAUUUUGGAACGUCGUAUUCCAGCCAAGUGUCUGUCCUGACGUGCCUCAUGCGCCUUGCGCCGUUUUUGAAAUCCAAGGAGGCUUUGCCCGAGGCCAACGAGAUCCACCCGGUGCAGUCGAUUGCGUCGCUGUGGCACACUAGCACGACAACCUCAGGGUGGGAGAUGUUGCCGGAGUUUUACAUCACAGCAGAAUGCCUCUUGUCGCGGGAACUGGGCGACGUUGCCCUGCCGCCGUGGGCGAAUGGAUCGGCCGAUACGUUCAUUCGGUUGCAACGGCAAGCACUGGAAAGCGACUACGUGUCGAUGCACUUGCACACUUGGAUUGACCUCGUGUUUGGCGCGCACCAACGCGGUCCCGGCGCCGUCGACCAUCUCAAUGUGUUCCACCCCGUUUGCUACCCGGACGCUUUGAACCUUGCCCUGCUGGAUUUGAACACGAAAAAACAGCUUGUCGAACGCGGCACGAUUCCGUUGCAACUCUUCAAAGCACCCCAUCCCCGCCGCCUAACGCUGGAUGAAGCAUUGGAAGCCAGGUAUCCUGCAUCCCAUGCCGUUGCCAGCUUGUCGUCGCGCAGCCAAGUGCGUCGGUACGACGUGUCGUCGCGCCACGAAAUGGCCCUCUCAAGCGUUCGAUUCUCGUCGGCGACUGCCACGGGCGGCGGAAUGGGUUCCUUGACCAAGUCCGUCAAGGCCAAAGUGUCGUCAUCGGACAAUUUGGUGGCCGCAGCACCAGCGGAAGCACACGGUAGCAUUGUGUAUUCAUGCGACGAAACUGGCCUCGUCUUGGCCAAACGGUACCAGAAUUCGACGCCAGAUUCGACCAAAGGAGCGCCAUUUACGUUGCAAGAUGUCGAUCAGUGGUGGCGUCUGCCGGCAAUGUGCUCGAUCGUUGACGGCAUGGUGUAUUACGAGCACAUGAUCAGUUGCGGGUACUUUGAUGGGAGCUGGCGAAUCCACUGGUCUGCAGAUGGCGAGUUGCUGCAACGCAUUGCGUUCCACAAGCAGCGCAUUUUGUGCAUGGCUCGAAGCGAAGACGACGUGACGGGUGAUGUCGCCCUUGCGUUCGGCAGCGAAGAUUGCACCGUGUCGGUGUGGGCGAUUUCAAAAUUUGCCGCGAGUCGAUCGCACCGCAUGUUCUUAUCGACUGCCAAGAGGGAGCUCCCGGUCGGCAAUCUGCCAUGGGUGUUGCUUGUUGGCCACUCCCGUCCCGUCGUGUCCGUCGCGAUCAACGUGGAAUUGGACAUCGUGGCGAGUACGUGCCGCGGCCACCGACUUUUGCUCCACUCUCUUCGAAGAUCGUGUCCGCUGCAUGCCAUGGACCUCUCCGUGCCGGCCAUUCUCAGCACGACGUUGUACUUGACCAUAUCCGGCCAAGGCACGAUCUUAUGCCACGCCGUCCACGACAAAAACGAACUCGCCCACGAGAACUGGCGGGCGUCGUCGACACAAUCCGAGAUUUCGUUGAUCUCGUUGAACGGCCGUGUCAUGUCUCGCACCGCGCUUCACCAAGACAAUCGCCCGAUUACGUUGCUCCAGCGCGGCGUGACGUUUACGCGGUGCGGCGAGUUUGUGGUGGUCGCCAACGCCACGCGCGACGGCGGCAUCGAAGUGCGGAAAGUCAGCGACUUGAAUACGUGCAUUCGACGCAUCGAAACCAAUCGAUCGUCAGUGUUGACGUGCUUUGGGUUGUCGCAAGACGAGCGAUGCGUCGUCGCGGGGUAUGAAGAUGGAUCGCUCGUCAUGUUUGCCUUGCAUUACGGAAUCAGCGACCAAGGUCGACUGCGUAGCGACAAGCGGGCGCGCGAAGAAGAAGCUGCUGCGUUUGCUCGCGCCACUACUAGCGUCACAACGAGUCCGCGUGAAGUCACAACGUUGUCGCUGCCUCCAGGCGUGAUUGUCGACGCAACAAUCUUGGCCAACCUGACGGACGUGUUUUUCAAGCUCAAGCGACCGUGCGUGGCUGACGACGUCGAGUACGAGCAGCUCUUGCACCAGUUCUGGGCCACGAUUUAUCCCCCCGUGGACAUCUUGAGCGGCGACGUCAAGUACGAACGCGUCGGUGCGUCGUGGAGCCGACUUGGAUUUCAACGGCCCGACCCGACGACGGACUUUCGCGCUGGCGGGAUCUUGAGCUUGCACUGCCUCAUGUCGUUUGCGACGAAAUAUUCCGCCGAUGCCCAGCGGAUGACGUCGUCACAAAUCCCGGGCUCCCACCAACACACAUAUCCGUGGGGUCCCGUUGCGAUCAAUAUCACAUGCAUGAUUGCGUCGCGGCUGUGGGGGUCGGAUGGUCAGCUCCACAAAGACCGAGAAAACUUGUGGCCUGUCUUCGCCAACCCAGAAGCAUUCUACGUCUUGUUUGCCGAAGCAUUUCUGUUUUUUGAUUGCGCCUGGUGCACCAUGAACGCCCAGUACAGCUCGUUUUCUGGGGUGAUGGAAGUGACGACGAAGGAAGUGAUGGGUGUGAUGAAGGACAACCAUGGCUCGCUCGACGAGUUCGUCCGUUCGAUCCGAGCGCGAUCGAGUGCGUUGGUGGACAGUUGCUCGUCCCCCACGGCGACUCCUCCACCGUCGUCGUCGACGGAGCAAGUGGUCGACGUAUCGAUUCCCACGGACAACUUGAUCAGCUUUUCGCCGCCGCGCUCGCCGAAGCGACCUUCGAUUCCACCGACAAGCGAUACCUUCAAUUUAUUGCAAUUCUCGCCUCCGAAGACGUUUGGCGCAACUAUUCCAGACCCAUUCGCAGCUCAAACUUCCGUGUCACCGAUGCCUGUGGACCCCUUUGCCCCUUUGCAAACAACUGCAACGUACCCACCAAGCAAUGACCCCUUCUCCCCUCGCAACAUGCAUCAAGGCGGCCCCGUCGACCGCACAGAUGAUCCUUUUGCCGGACUCUAGGACUCUACCCUCCACAGUCUUGACAUGAUUUUGAUGGAGUCGGUGAAUUUCCUGCGUUUUUGGAACCACAGCGAUCGUUAGUCGCCCAGAUUAUUAGUACAUUGGCUAAGGUACUAACGAAUGUCUCCCGUUCGGUCGCUCUUAUCCGGAUGGUGUCC